AUGCCGGAGAGCUGGCUAUGCAGCUCAUUGUCGUUAUGCAAACCGCGAUCCUACCUGGAACAGCUUAUUCAAGAUAGCCAAGAGCUUCAGGAUCGACGAACACGCCGGACUCAUGGACUGGCUGCUCCCCCAAGUUCACUAGAUCAAACAACGAACUCAAAUGAUCCUUCGCGAGAACCCGAGAAUGUCAGCUCCAUUAUCCACGAUCCCGCAGUUGGAGAGACUCCAUGGUUCCAGAGUCUCGGUAGCUCGGCUCUACCAUUAUACAUCAGUGAAGCAGCUUGUACCGCCUUCGCCACUCGUCUUUGCCAGUGUUUGAGCACGACAGAUUCGCCGGUCUUUCACUUGCCUAGAUGGCGAUAUACUGAUGAAAAUACUCUGGAAUCACUAUGCAAUGUUGAAGUCGAGUGGCCGAGUCUAGUCUAUGCCAAGUUAUUGGUUAAAACUGCCCUUGGUCAUGUAAACCCUGCUUUUCACACGGUUCUCAGGAAAGAAACAUUGGAUGUUCUUCACAACAUCUACCAGAGAGGAGAAUUUGAUAAUCCUGGUCUUCAGUGCAAAUAUUUUGCUUUCUUUGCCCUCGGCCAGGCCUUCUCGUCAGUUUACGACGCGAUGAACUCGAACACAUCCGCCAUGCCGGGAUCUGCAUUCUUCGCUCGGGCAAUGAAGCUAUUGCAGAUCAUCCCGGAAAGACCUACCAUGAAUCACAUUGAAAGCAUUCUCCUUCUUGUAGGCAGACAAUUUCCAUCUUCCUGUUUUUGUUUUAUCGACAUUUGUCUAACCAUCUCAAAGGCUUACUUUUGUCAAUUUCUCAACCGUUUCCACUCGGCGUAUAUUCUGAUUGGUAAUGCUCUACGGCUCAGUCUCAGUCUCGGGUUAAAUUAUAAUGUUCCGCAAAGUCAAAAAUUGCACCAAGUGGAAAGGGAGCAUCGUGUUCGCAUAUGGUGGACGAUCUAUAUGCUCGACCGCUUCUGGGGGUCAAAAGCAGGAUUCCCUGUCCAGAUCCAUGAUGACGAUGUCCACGUUGACCCACCUUCUAGCUUGAUAUCUGAUGCUUAUCCUGAAUAUUUCUCAGCUGGAGGUAGUGAAUAUCAAACGGCGACCAUAGAUCUUGCCAGAAUUAUAGGGAACACGACCAGAGAAAUAUACAGCCGCAAGAAGUCAACCGAAAGCUUUCUCCAGCGUGAGCAAAAAUUGCUCAUCCAGCUGAAGCAAUGGGUACAGACGCUCCCAGAAAAUCUCAGGCUCAAGGCAGAUAGGCCAAAUUCGAAAUAUACAGUGUUUUUGCACCUCCAAUUCAGUUACAUUACUCCAAUCAUUGGAGUUUUGAGCGAAGCUUGCAUUCACGCUGCGCGGUAUUGUUUGAAAUUAUGCGUCGAGGAAUGGACAAGUGGAUCAGCUUCAUUUUUUGGUUACGCUUUUCCGGCCUAUUUGUUCUCUUCGGCGUUGAUACUCACCAUCUCAAGUCUUCUGCCCUUGGGAGACCCCAACGAUAUUGCAUCGGUCGAUAUCGCAACUGAGAUUUUAAGAGUUCUGAGCGGCUCCCACAGCCUAGCGGCUAAAGAUCUCUACGAGCACCUUCAGCGAGUUCGUCUUUGCUUGAAUCGCCGCCUCUCUACUCCUCCACUUCCCCCAACAGAUGAUGUGAACAUUCCUCCCAUUCCCGAUUCCUCAGUACGGCUGCCUCUUGAACACCAUAGCCCCUUGCCCUUAUCCGGGGCCUCGAUGGACUACAGCCAGCUCCCUAUUGAAGAAGCUGGUGAUACUCUGAGUCCUUAUCUAACGACUGAAAUGACCCUGCGAAAUCCCUUAAUGCAGGACUUCCUUGCUCAAUCCAGUCUCGAUGUGGGCUCUUUGGACGCACCGGAAAUACCGAAUGACUUUGACGCAGCUUUCGUUUGGGCAGGUAACAUGUGUACAGAAUAG